AUGAUGAAUGUGAAUGAUAACGCUACGGUGUGUGACCCAAUCUCCUAUGAGCCCACCACCCUGUCUACACUGCUCCCCAUCCUCUCAUUCAGCUGCACUGACACAGACAACAUCACUAAAGGUGCUGCAGUGGACCGUUUUCUGAUGACCGGGAUGAGUCUGUUCUCCAGGAAUGUGUUCUCCUAUGUGGUGGAUGGGGUCUAUGACCACACCAUGUUUGAGGUCACCAUCUCUGUGUCUGAUGGCAGGCAUCACACGGAGGCUGUGGCCUACAUCUAUGUAGUCCCCUGGACCAACAGUGCUCCUACUACUACCACUACAGCCAAGACUCCACAGGUGGUCACUGUGAUGUCAGACUACUGGGAUCCAGAGCCCUGGUUUGUUGCCGUGGUUAUGGUUACUGGGGUCCUGCUCCUGUUGGUCACAAGUCUGCUCAUCUGGGCCAUACUUAGCCGGUGAUCAUCCCUCCGCAAACAUACACCACCUGUGCCCAACUCGCUUGCUUUAGACUGUAUAAAAGAGAUUGAGAGAAGUCUGAAGUGAAGUCAAGCAAGGUUGCAGAACUCUGGUCCUUGAGGGCCUCUGUUCAAUUAUUAUUAUUCCACUCACUGUAGUGUUCACAAGAUCUGCUCUCCCAUGGAAGCAUCAGGGGUUUCUGCAGGGUUUUGGGUAUUGUAACAGUCCAUAAUAAGUAUAUUGUGUUAAUACCUGCAGCGUCUAUGGUUGGGGACCAAAAUAAGUGCCUGAACCUCCAUCAAAGGAGACGUAAGUGCCAUUAGAGAACCAAGUUGUGAAUUAUAAGACAUGGAUGUUAUAAAGAAACGUUUUACCACUAACUCACACCUUACUGUGUAAUAUGUUAUCUGAGCAUGGAAGAGAUGAACAAACUGAGCACAGAAGUGAGUCAAAAUGGAGCCAUUGAGAAU